AUGGCUCGGUUUCUACCAAAGUUUAAGGACGACUCCGAUGAUAUGAGCACAGACAACGCACCGGAGGCCAAAGCGACACAGAAACCUCAUCGUAGUGGGCUGAUGUCCCAGAAGGCUACGAGCUCAAGGUCUGGCGACAAACGACGACAGUCCCCAGAGAUUGACGAGCUAGCCGAGGACGAGAAGCACCAUGCGAAAAGACAACGCCGUCCGAACGACCUGAAGACACCGCCCAGAGUUGAUAUUGCAGCACUUGAAAGCCGGCGGACCGUUGCCAUCGCCAAGCGUGAUGUGGAAGAGGUACAACGGAUCACGGACCAGCUCGAGGGCAAUCGGUUGUCCUCCCGAACCUAUCAACAAUCCUCAAAACAGCCCCCUGAAGCUAUUGACAGCGACGACGAGCUAAAUGCAUCCCCAACAAAGGAAAUCGACGCCUCGAGGGACUCACGCAUGUCGCUCAAUGGCCAAGUCUCGCCCUUGAACCGUAAAACUCCAAAGGGAGAUAUACGCAAGACGAAAUUUCAAGAGAGGCAAGAAAGUCAAGAUGAGGAAGUCACUGUUUCUCGUGCCGUGUCGGGCAAGGUUCGCUUUGAUGCCAAGCAAUGUGGUCAAAUAAUUCGGCUGAGACUGAACAAAAAAGAUACCUUCAGUCUAGUACCAGUCGACAAAGCGGGCGAAAAGCUGGACAUGCAAUGGUUGACACUGACGCUGCGAGACUGCAUUAAGAUCAAGUUCUCGGAGGAGUCACAGCAUCUUGUCUUUUUCCGGUCAUACAAGUCGGUAAUAUCGCCGAAGUUGUGUAUCGAAAUCCCGUCCAUUCCGGAUGUCAUUGCAAUUAUUCGAUGGAUUUUUAGCGCGAUCGCCACAGGAGCCCAGGAUCUGAAAUCUGUGAAACUCGAACACCCACCACGUGAAACGCUUCAAAAAGUCUUCGACAACCUGUACCAGAGCGCUCCAGCACAGGUAGAUCCAAAUAUGCAUCGGAUCAGGGAUCCCGAAUCGACAGAUGCUGCACAAAAUCAUAUACAGCAAGACAAACGCCGAGAUUGGGACAAGAUGUGGGAAGACAAGCCACUGAUCUAUCCCGCCAGUGGCAAGAAUCGCGCCCAAAUCAUCAAGGAUGAUAUUUCUAGGCUCGAAGAACACCAGUGUCUGAACGACAACCUCAUCGUCUUCUACCUCAGAUACCUUCAGGAUCAGCUGGAAACUGAGAAUGCGGGAUGGUCGGAACGAAUCUUGUUCAUGAAUCCUUGGUUUUACGAGAGAUUGGGCCAACAAAAGGGUCGAGGUGUCGACUAUGACGCGGUCAAGUCAUGGACUGCCAAGAUCGACUUGCUCUCCAAAGACUACAUCAUUGUUCCAGUAAACGAAGCAGCGCACUGGUAUCUGGCCAUCAUCUGCCAUCCUGGGAAACUCCUUCCAGCGACGGCGAGGGAUGACAACAAGACAAUUGUCACAAAUGUUGGUGAGGAGGACAUGCCUCAGCCGGGAAGCCAGAUACAGUCAACUCCAGACGCAGCUGUUGAUGUGCAAGAUGACAGUGAAGCAGAUGUUCGGAUUGUCUCUGACGUUGCUCCUGGCAAGUCUCCCAAGUUAUUCAAGGAAAUUGCCUUGAGCAAGGCGCAAACCCGGAAGCUCGAUGGUGGGGGGAAACGUCCAGCGGAACCCGGCGACGCUAGAAUCAUUACUCUGGACUCCAUGGGGAAUACCCACUCACGUACUUGCACCAACCUCAAGGAUUACCUAGUACAGGAGAUCAAGCACAAACAUCGGAUCGACGUCGAAACCCCGCCUCGUUUUGGUUGGACCGCCAGAGGCAUUCCCGAGCAAAGCGAUUUCAGCAGCUGCGGUAUCUUCCUCCUUGCGUAUGUCGAAAGGUUCCUGAAGCAACCAGAUCAGGUCAUCAGCGACAUCGUCAAUAAGAAAGACCUUGGAUGGUCGGACAUCGACCCAGUCGCCAUGCGUAUUAAUAUCCGAGAGCUUAUAAUAAGGCUACGACAAGAACAGAACGUCCAGCGCGACAAGGAAAGACAGGCCAAGCAAGACGCCAAAGCUCUUAAGCUGGCGCAAAAGAAAUUGGUCAUUCCAGCCGUGGAUUCGUCACCGGCACACGCUGCUCAAACAACUGUGGAAAGACCGGCAAUCUCACCGCCGCAGACCCCCAAGAUGGCCAGUCCCCGUCAGACCAAAACAUUGGUUCCUCGCCAAAACCCGUUCGGCCGCCUCCCCAAUCAAACCAGGCUCUGA